GCAGGGAUGACCCCUUUCACUGCACCACGUUGCUACGGUCGUGUAUAUAAAGAGGCGAAGCAUCUGACGAAGAAGCACAAGUACCAACCCAUCUGCAUCCUAACCGCUUCAUCGCCGGUGUCCGUGUGACAGAGAGAGAGAUUAUGUUCACUAUCAAGGCGUUAGUGGCAGUCGUACUUUGUACGACAGCGACGUUAGCUGCCCCUCAAAGACCUAGCGGUGGUGCUGAUAAAGAUGCGGUGAUCACAUCUCAACAACUUGAAGUCAACUUUGACGGCAAUUACAUCAAUAACUUCGAGACGAGCAAUGGAAUUAGCCAUCAAGAAUCAGGACAGCCUAAACAGGUAGAUAACGAGACACCAGUGGUCUCGCAAGGCUCUGACUCUUACACGGCGCCUGAUGGCCAGCAAGUUAGUAUCACGUACGUAGCCGAUGAGAAUGGCUUCCAAGUGCAAGGUUCUCAUAUCCCCACGGCACCACCGAUACCUCCAGAGAUUCAAAGGGCGCUCGAGUGGAACGCAGCUCAUCCAGAAGAGGACGAUGGUGGCCAACCACGACCGCCUGGCCGAGGUAUGUGAUAAGCGAUAGAUUAAAUCGAUCUUCACUCAUGGUUUAUUUCUUUAAUCUAUUUGAGAAUGAAUGGUGCAUCACGCAGGAGAAAGAAGCAAUAAAAUAAAUAAAAUAAUUUCAGUUCAGUUUUUGGAAAUUAAAAACUCGAAAGUGAUUAUUUUUUUUAAAUAGAAAUAAUGUUUAAAAAUAUAGAAAAUAAUUAAAAUUCAUUUUCUCGCGAAAAAUGAAUUUGACAGAAGAUAUUUCUAUAAAUUAUAAAAUUAUUAUAAUUAUAAAAAUAAAAAUUAUUGAUAUCGGAUUAUUCUUAUCAAAUAUAUUAAUUAAAAAUUGAUUUCGAGAUUGGAUUAAUUUUGCAUUAGUUACUUCAAUUAUUUUAAAAUAUAAGUUUUAUAGUAAAAGAUAAUUUCUAAUCUUCAUUUUUCGUAUAGUAGAUCACAAAUUAUUCGAUAUCUAAGUUCAAUUUCAAUUUUUCAAUACAAAAUUUUUCCUAUAUCGUAUUUUAUUUUUAAAUCAAUGUAAUAUUUAUCAAAAUGAAAUUUCUAAUUUCCUUCUUCUUUUUGUUGUUUUAAUAAUAAUUAAAAUCAAAUUAAUAAUGAUUAUAUAUAUAUAUAUUUGAUUGAAAAUAAAUUAGAUGGUUAAAUAGAAUAAAUUAUAAUAAAUAGUAACAAGCAUAUAUAAAUUCGUUUUCCAGUAAAUGUUUAUUUAUAAAAAAGAUAGUAUAGAGAUGAUAGUAAGUGUCAAAUAAUUAAUAUUAAUCGCGCCAUUUUGUUUCCUGCUAAUGUGCUUUUUUGCUCGUUCCACAAGUGAAAUACAGGAAUUUUACCAGGAAUUACGUUAACGAACACGAAACUAUUUUCUUACAAUUAACAGUAUUCUCGUCCCACAGGUUAAUCAGCCAAACCAAUACCUCAAACGUGACCUGAUUUCGAGCUAGCUUGCCAUGGACAGAACCGACCCUGAGCCUCCGAUGCGACCAUAAAAAUAAAUAUAGUGUGGUAUAUUAAUCUAGGAUUAUAUGUAACAGAAAAAAAAAAAUUAAGGCGAGAGCCAGCCGGUAUAUAAUAACUGUAUAUUUCGAGAUUCUUUAUCUUACCUGUAUAGAUGAAAGUAAUGCGCACUGUUCAACAGUUUACGACAGGAUCGUGCCGAUGCGCGCACGCUGCUUUCACAAACGUAAAACGCGAAAAAAUGACGACGCUAUCGCAGUUGCGAGGACACGUAUCAAGCGUCGAUAGUAUAUAUUAUACGUAUACUUUUAACUUGUGAUUUUUGUAUAUAAAUAAAAAGCGUUUUGCCGAAAA